AGAGCCCAGAAUCUCCCAGCGUUCCCCCCCGGAGUGACUGCACAGCGCCCUCCACUGGUGGUGUUUACAGUGGGGGCAGAAGACCCUCCGUGCCCAGCGACCCCCCGCAGAUCACCCAGCUCAGCCAGGAUAUAUCAGAGGCGGAGAGCUGGGUGCGGGAGAAGCUGCAGGAUCUGGGGGACCAGUAUGAUGUUUUCCCCCCACCGGAGCAGGAACAGAGCGCCCGAUCCAUACAAGGAGACAUCAGGAGCUUCGAGGCGACCAUGAUGAAGCUGAAUCAGAUGAGUGAUGAUCUUUCGAGGACUGAGACUCCCAGUGCAGCAACUGUUCGCACUCAGCUCCAAAAUCUGAAGGACCAAUGGCAGCUUCUGAAGCAUACAGCGACCAAUCACAGCAAGGAAGUGGGCGGAACUAAAGCACUGCAAGAGUUUAAUAAGAAGGCGGAUGAGCUGGAGAUGUGGAUGAGGGAGAAGGAGGAGAUCCCGCCACUCAGCUUGUUGCUGGACGAGAACCUGGACAAAGUGCAGUUGAGCCGCCGGAUCUUGGACCUCAAGCAGGAGCAACUGUAUUACAGCAACUUGCAGGAGAACAUCAACAGUCUGGCCCAGAAGCUGGAGAAAUUUGGCCGGGCGGAGAGCCGCGGCACAUCCAACCGGAGGAAGCACCUUAACAGAAUGUGGCUGAGGCUCCAGGGCUCUCUGGAAGAAUAUCAGCGGAGUCUACAGCUGGCCCUGGAAGGGGCUUCUCUCUGGCAGCAAGCGGACACUGUCCUGAGGGCCAUGCAGGAGAAGAAGGACGCAGCUGGUGGACACAGAGACCAGGAUCUCAGGGAUAUUGCUAGUCAGAUCAUGAUGUUGGAUGUCUCGGUGUCUCAGGUCUCCAGUCUGCACCCUGUUCUGGCCUCCAGAGCUUUGCACAGACAGCGGCAGGUGAAGGAGAUUUGGUCCCAGCUUCAGCAGAUAGUCCGAUCCUUUCAGGAAGCUAUGUACAGCACCCUGCUGGCCCCUCCUAUCAGCCACGAUCUGCUUGCAUUGCAUAGGAAAGCACAGAAACCCAAUGAUGACAUCACUGCAGAUAAAAUAAGGACAGGAAAGUCCUCGAGAGGCUCCACAUUCACCAGAGAACUGGGGAACUCAGUGACCCCCGACAUACGGGAGCAGAGCGGCGUGGGAAAGCAGCAGCAAAGCAUCCUGGGAAACCAGACCAUUGUGUCUCAGAAGGAGCCAAACACCGGGGGCGGCAAAGUACCUAUCCCGCUACGCCCAACGCUGGAAACUGGACCCAGCAGCACAUGUGGGAAAUUACUGAAGUGCAGAGAAGAGAGUGACAACAGCAAGAAUAGUUGUCAGAGACACUCCCCACCUCCAGGUAGUGAGGAAGAAAGUCUUCUCAGCGAGCUGAAGGCCACAUCACAAUGGCUACAGAAUCUGGAACAGCUUCUAUCGGAGCCUGCUGCCAUGCGCAGCCCGGAGCUGGUCCGUCGGGACCUGAGGCAGGUGUCCUACCUGGAGAAACAGUUGAAGUCACGAGGCGUGGCUCUACACUCUGCAGGGAGAUCGGUCCGGGGGUCCGGGUGGAGUGUGGACAAGGAGAUGCAGGUCCAGGUCCGGGAGGUGGAGGAGAGGCUGCAGACGGUACAGGAGGCGCUCCGCCGCCGCACCUCCGAUCUGAGAGACACGUUGGUGCUGUCGGAGUUCAUGAAGGUUGUCCAGAUAGAGGAGGAGAGGCGGAGGAGGAGUACGAUGCUCGGUGGACCCCCAGAUCCCCCUCCAGAACCGGCAGACAGGAAGGACGUGUUCACCCCUUUGGAAGAGCUGCAGGAAGCGGUGGAAAUGCUGAAUGAUGCAGCGAAGGAGAGAGAGCGAGCGUUGGCUGCCACCAAAGGGACAACUGACCUGGAUAGGCGGCUCUUGGCGCUCUCCCAGAUGAUCGAGUCAGCCAGCGCCCUGACCCAGGAGGUGCGGAGGAAGAUGGAGGAGGUGGAGCAGGAUUAUAUGGCAGCAAAGAAGUAUACAGAGCUGAGAGACCUGCAGGAGAUUUCUGCACUACACCAACAAGCCGAGGCAGAGGUGACGGGAGAGAUGCAAGCAGAGGUGCGGAGGCUGGAAGAGCAGGGGGGCUCGCUACAAGCCCUCUGCCCCCAGAGGAGCCAGGUACUGAGGAGAAGCAUUGAGGAAACCCUUCAAGCUUGGAGCCAGCUACAGGAGGACAUCCAGAGGAACCGCACCCGAUUACAUAGAACCUCCCAGCUGAGAGAAUUCUUCCUGAGCUAUCUGGGGAUGAUAUCCUGGACCGAGGAAACGAGAGCUCAGAUCCUGUCGGACAGCCCAGAGGACCGGCUCAGCCCAGCAUGGAGGGAAGGACUGGAGAGAAGCAUUGACAGCAAGAUGAAAGAGUUUGAGGUGCUGGCGGGGGUUGGCUGGAAGCUGAUUGGAGAAGAUCGGCUUCUGACGCAGACGGUUAAGGAGCGUCUGGAGGAGCUACAAGGAAUGCUGAGCUGGGUACUAAUGAGAUGGCGAUGUCAGAAACACCCGAGGAUCCUGGGAAACAAGACUCCGAGGACCAAAGAGGCUGUAGAGCCCACCCAGACGGAGGACACGCAACAUACGCACGGGUCUCUCCACUUUGGCAAAUCUGAGUGCCCAACAGAAGAGGACGUGACCACACCCACAGUUACGCCCCCAAGGGGCCCUGUACGACGUAGGUACAGGCGAAAGGCGCUGAGCCCCAUGUUAUUUCAGCAACCAGGGGGGGCAGACAGCGAGGAGGGGGCAGAGCUGUUUGAAGAUGCCCCCAGGAAGUGCGCUGGUGGACCAUUGUGGCUGGAGCCCAAAAUAUUACCAACGGGACCCAGCGUGGAGGAAGUAGAGGAGGAGGAGCCACUCAUGACGUCACCCCCUAAAUCAUUCUGGAAGCGCUGUCAGGGGAUAUUAGGGGGAACGUUUGGCAGCUUAAAGAGAAAGAACAGAUUGUCGCUUCCUGUGCAGGAGGAGGUCAGCACCUACUUGAAUGCAAAGGAAAGUGAGGGACCAGAUGCAUGCCAAAGCUUGACCUUGCCACGACCAUCCAAAAAAAGUCGGUCGUUUGAACAACAUACUUUGAUAUCUACAAAUGACUCAAAUAUUAGAUCAAGUUUGCUUUUCAGGAGCCUCAAGAGAAAGGAAAAAGCACAAAGGUGUACAGUGCAAGGGAUUAUGGACCUGCACUCUGAUAAAAAGCUUAUCACUGAAGAGAGCACCAAAUACGAAACCUCCACCUGGCCUCCCAAGCUUGACAGGACCACCCCGCAACCCGAAUGUGGGAACUUUCUCAAUUAUGUCAAAAACCCACUGACAAAAGAGAUUGAUGCUGAAUGUGCUGUGUCCGGGGCAGAUAUCGAGCAAACGGAAGUGGAAAGUCUUAAUUCUACCCAACCGAUCUCUCAGGCCACGUGUCCACAUCUGACUUUGGGUUCCGUCUUGGUUCUGGAUCUAUCCAAGGAAGCUAGUCUUGUGGACAACAUUCAGGAGUCACUUCGAAUAGAAUCUGUAAAAGAAAAUGGGUCCGGUCAUUUUUCAGAUUCUGGAGUUGCAGAUGAAAUAGAAAUCACAGACACUGCAGAGCCCAAUAAAGAGGACCGUGGCCUCCAAGACACUAUGACAUCAUUCCAGUCUUCGUCUUCAAAGUCAUGGAUUGAAGCAUUAACAACCAGCUCUGGCUAUUGCAGGCAAAACAUACAUGGCUAUGGAAAGGUGGCAGACGCUUCACGAUCACAAGACCUAGAUAAGCUAAACGAUGACUUUAUCCAUUUUCAGAUAGAUAGACUUUCAGCCACUAAUGUUUUUCAUCACCUGGAAUCUGAGAGCGGUGGACAAAGAACCGACUCAACGUUGGGUGAAAUGCAGUAUGUAAGUACAUCCAGCCAUUCAGAGGACAACCACCCUUCCAAAUACCAGAAUGGAGUUGGUACUGUCACCUCAACCAUCUUCCCAAAAGCUUCAGAUCGUGUAAAGCCCUAUAACGAUGACAUGAAUAAUUCCACCUAUGUAGAGUUUGUCAGAACGUACAAUGCAAAACCCAACUCUAUAAACAAACCUUACAGCUCACCCAACAACCCACCCAAAAAGAGGACUAAUAAGAAGGUUGCUUCUCAUUCAUUCCCCGAAGUGCUCCACCCUGAUCAGGAGUUUUUGGAGCAUGAUGAUAAGGAGCUGGAAGACAUCUGGAAUAAUGCUAAACAGGGGCAACUAGAGAACCCAAUCCAGAAACCUCACAUCGUAUCACUGAAGGCAAAUGAAGGAGACAAGUUGACUAAAGCAAAUCAAGAGACUCCAAAUCACAAAGGGCCCAGUGGCCAAGUAGUCAUGAGGUCGGAGCCCAACAUGUUGGUGGCCACGUUUACAUUGCCCACCUCGGUUGUCUUAUCUACAGGCUCCGGGAUGGAGAAGGACCAAAGGGAAGACGGCAGCCUGAUUCAAGAAAGAGUUGUGUCCACUUCUACUUCAAAGGAGAGUAAUCAAAUAGAGAAAUGUCAGCAAACAACGGGGCAAGAGCCACAUGCUUUGGAGAAUAAGUCUGAUGGAGUGGAGACAUCCAUAACCACGGUGACUCGGAAACUGGACUAUCAGCUGAUGGAAGGUUCCCUGGAGAAGAAACACAUCCUGCAGUCGGGGGGAAGAAAGGCCUCUUCCCGCACCUGGGGGGUGUUUUACUCUGUGCUGGUGAGGAGAACCCUCUGUUUCUACCACGACCGCAAACAUUCCACGAAGAGCCCAUUGUCCGCGCCCCCCCUCCACCUCACAGGCGCCCUCUGCACACCAGAAUCCGACUACAAUAAGAAGAGCAACUGCUUCCGCCUGAGAUUGAGGGACGGCUCUGAGUUCCUGUUCCGGGCCCCGACCUCCGAGUUGCUGCAGGAGUGGGUGUGCAAACUCCGCCAUAAUUCAGGCGUUGAAGACACAGAUCCACUCCGAGACCCGGCACUGGUGGUUGACCGCUCUCCACAUCUCACAUCUCGAGGGAACCUGCUGAAUUCCUGUAUACCAGACCUGUGCCAGCCGGUGGCAGUGCGAGGCAGAAACCCGGCAGAGCCACAUCUAGAGCAAUUCAGUGUGCCAAGUGGCGGCGGCAGAGCUGACACUCAUCAGGCGAGGUCUUGGGUAUCAGACAACAUCCCGGAGUCUGCGGAUUCAGAGUUUGAUGUGAGUCUGACAGCCAGCAGGAGGCGCUCCCGCUCUUUCAGCUCAGUCAUGUAUCAGAAGAUGACCUCAUUUCCCAGCCCCCCGGAGACGUCACCCAGCUACUCCGUCACCCUGUACAUCGAUGAACCGCUCACCCCGCGCACGCGCUGCCACUCCUUCGCCUCCUCCCAAAUAAGAAAUAGCAGCUCCGAUCUGAAGUUGAGGAAUAAGUCCGUGUUCAGGAAGUUAUUCUGGAAGAAGGAAUAAAGCAGCCGCUCCGCGUGGGUGGUACCCUCGAAUCUCAGGUUGCAGACCUCUGGUGUGUGGAGGACUGUGGAAUGUCUGGCCCUGAUAGGUGGACAGCGAUCACAUGACUGACUUGUUUUUGCAGGCCUUGGCAGUAGAAGAACAGCUGGAACAUGGAAUGUCGUACAGGAAACAUGAGACUAUCAUGAUAUUUCCGGAUAAAUGUGACCGAUAAGAAAGUGAUAUUAAAUAUAUUUUAUGUUUCUUCUAUACCGGAAGUGCCACUUACAAUGAAAGGAAAGGCAAGUGAAAAGGAAAGACUUGGAGGCGCUAUCGGCGCCCCCUGGAGGAGGAUCUGGAGAAAUCCCACAGCAACUGAACUCCUUUACCCCAACACUGAGCAAAUAAUAUUAUUAUUCUGACUAUUUCUAUUUAUUUCUAGUUUGUAGUUUCUCUGGGACCUUAUUUUAUAUUUUUUAUUAUUCUGAAAUAUAUCAUGUUGUCAUAUUACAAGCAAGACUAUAAAACAAUUCUCAUAAAUGGAAAAAAAAAA